GAUCCUCUGCUCGGGCUGCCGUCAUCUCUCCGGGAGUACUUUCGUCGCCCCCUGCCCGGUUCCCUGCAUCCUUUCUUGCUUCUCUUAGCUUGUGAAGCACGAGAGUGCAUGUGUCCCAAAUGUGAUCUAGACACCAGGCCUCUCUGCCCUGUUCCCUUCCUACCUUCUGUGGAUUCCCACAGAGCGCAUCCGAGCUCUUAAAUGGGCCUUGCAUGACUGGCCUGUUCAUGAGCUGUUUUCUUUUGACUUUAACUCCUCUCUCCACUACACCGUGUCUUAAACCAAAUGUACCAGUGACCAUGAGAUCUCUGCGGCUGCUCAGAACCCCCUUCCUAUGUGGCCUGCUCUGGGCCUUUUGUGUUCCAGGUGCCAGGGCUGAGGAGCCCAGGGCCAGCAUCUCCCAUCCCGGUGGCAUCGGCCUGGAUAAGAACACAGUGCACGACCAAGAGCAUAUCAUGGAGCAUCUAGAAGGUGUCAUCAACAAACCAGAGGCAGAGAUGUCCCCACAAGAACUGCAGCUCCAUUAUUUCAAAAUGCAUGAUUAUGACGGCAAUAAUUUGCUUGACGGCCUAGAACUCUCCACAGCCAUCACUCAUGUUCAUAAGGAGGAAGGGAGUGAACAUGCCCCACCGAUGAGUGAAGAUGAACUGGUUAAGUUAAUAGAUGGUGUUUUGAGAGACGAUGACAAGAACAAUGAUGGAUACAUCGACUAUGCCGAAUUUGCAAAAUCACUACAGUAGAGAUAUCUGGCCAUCUCCUAGUUACAUGCCAAUGUGACCCAUUAUAAUGUGAUUCAGUAGUACAAAAUGUCUCAUUUCCAAUUACUGCUAUAGUAAUUUGGUAAACACCUGUAGCAGUUUGUUACACUGGGCUAAGAGAAAUCAAGGGAAAUAGAAGGGAAAUGGGACACAGUCCCCACAUACUGUUAAAUCUCUUAUUGGACGAGGACUUGAUGAAAAAAAUCCUUUCAAGAAUAUUGGAUAAUUGGAGCCGAGUACUCAGGAACUUGACUGUAGAGUAUUGCUAGUCUCUUGUUUUUAAUUCAUGCUGCCUGAAAAGUCAGACAUGUUUUGCCAAGUGGGCAUACUUUUCAGUAACGGUGGAAGAAUGAGAUGAAUGCCAAAUGCUUCCCCUGGUGAGCCCUGUCUCUUUAGGUAAAUGUGGUCAGUAUUCUGCAAAGUUCUCCUGGCCUAAGUGAUUACUUGUGGGCAAGUGAGUGUUUACUAGGCAAUUUCAAAGCCACAGCCUAAGAAGGAUGUCAGCUGUUGAGUUGAGCUAGCUGCAGAGUCUGAGCUUCUAUAUCUUCUGGCACUUUGGAAAUGAUACACCACUGACCUAAGUGAUUAACCUUUUUCAGUGUUUUAUAAAACUACUGCCACAUCCAUAUGCUUUAUUUCUUUAAUCAAGUAUGUAGUAUACUAUAUACCUUAUUCCUUAUGCUUGAUUUCAUCUUUAGUUUGGGAGAGACCUUGAAUUUAGAUGUGUUAUCCAAUCAGUAACAAAUAUUUUAGCCUCCUUAAUGCUUAUAUUUAACUUUUGUUUCUAGGGUUUCGUUUUUGCAGUUUAGAAGCUAUUAGGAACAUAAAGAUUUUAACCCUUCUGCUUCAUAUGGAGGUGAAACUACUGGCUGGUCUAGCCUAAGUGAGAAAUGGAAAGAUCACUCGCCAAGCACAGUGAUUAACUGGAUGCAAAUUACAUUUAGAAGGAAUGUUGUUUAAAUCACCUCUUUUGACCUGAUUAUGUGAAUUCUUUCCAAUUAGAAAAAGCCUAAAAACUCUCAGUGGUGUGAAUCUAAGUAGUAGUUGAAAAGGAGAAGCAACAGCAAAUGCCAUUGGGCUUAUUGGAUGGGAUGGAUUUUCUGUGAUAGAAAGUCUGUGGGAAAAGUAACUGCAUAAAAUUUGCUGUAAGAUGUAUAGAGACUUAUUUUCUUUAUUAAAAGUAUUCUUAUAAGAAAACGUGUAUUUGUAAAAAUGGUUUCCUGUGUCAAGUAUUUGUGCAAUCAGAGCUGAAUUAUAAACUAUUCUUGUAAUACCAGUUAUUUUGAAAGAUUUAUAUAUGAAUUCUGGGUGUAUGACCAAUAAAAUUGAUGUAACCAAAUAAAGAGCAAUUGAUAUAUAUUAUCUACCUUGGCUACUUUUAUCACAAGAAGGGUUUUAUUAAAUACAGAUGUUUAUAUGUGCCUACUUCCUGAUCCUGUUC